AUGGCGUGUUCAUCAUUCAUCGAAGACGCCUUGAAGACUCUCCGACUCAGCGCCCAGUCGUCGGCCCGCCAUGUCGUUCACUCGUGGAUCUAUGUGCCCGUGGGCCUUGCAUUGAUGCUACUGACUUGCUUCGGCGUCGACUCGUUCCUUCGACACGUCAAUGUUACUUUCCCAGCAUCCGUGGCAUGUCUCGUGCUCCUCUUCGUCGCACUGCUUAUCUGCGAGGCUGUGCUGGGAAGUCACCGGACGAGGAAGCUGGUCGCCCUGCUUGAUGUGCCGGCCGGAUGGGCGCUGCGGUGGAUGAGCAUCUUCUUCAUGCCGCCGUUCGUGCUGCUCCCUCUCAGCCCACGGAUCGGCGUCAUCGAGGUCUUCAAGAUCAUCGCCGUCUUCCUUAUUGGGUUCGUCGUCAUGAUGGCUCUGGCCGCCUACCUCACUCGCUCUCUGCAUCUGCUGCUGGGCUCGAGCAAGAAGUCCAUGACCCAGCGCGCGGAGGAACUCGAUCCAUCGCAGGAGCACAUUCCUCUAGCAGACGCCGCUCCAACACCCAGUGAAACGCCUCCCAGGGGAAGCUUCUCUGGUAUCGCGAGUCCUCCCGCGUCGCGGCCACAGACGCCGCCGCAGCUGAGGCUCCAGAACCAUCAUCAUGCGACGCAGCAAGUCGUACUGGGCGACCACGUCGCCGCGAGAAGCGAGUACAUGGCGCAGGACCCCGUCCCGCCGGAUCGGUGCGAAAGAUGGGCUGCUGUGGUGAGCAGCCACUUGGACACCAUCACAUAUAGCGUCCUCACGCUCGUCGGCCUACCCAUUUAUUACACGACUGAUUUCCCAUUGCCGCUGCAACUGCCAUUGACGGUGCUAUGCUACAUGUUCCUAUCAGCCCUCCCUCCGCCAUCCUGGAGGACAUAUUUGCAUCCGGUGCUCACAGCCUCCCUCGUCACAGUCCUACUCCUCUGGUUCCUGGCUUUCACAAAGGGCAUCGCCCUCGCCACGACACUGCACUCGUACCGCACCGGCGCCAAGUACCUGACCUUCUGGCGGGACGCCAGCACCCAUCCUCCCGGGGCGGGGGACAUCUUCGCCACCCUCCUCGACGCGAGCAUCAUGGCCCUCGCCCUGCCGACCUUUCAACACCGUCGCGAGCUACGCGCCCACUUUGCGCCGCUUCUCGUCCCCAGCGUCCUCAUCUCCGUGGGCUCCCUCCUCGCCUACCCCCCGCUCUGCUACAGUAUCGGCAUCGAAGCCAAGAGGAGCCUUGCCUUUGCCAGCCGGAGUCUGACACUGGCGCUCGCGACGCCUGCAACGGAGAAUCUAGGCGGCGACCUCAAUACGGCUGCCGCGCUGGCCAUUGUCAGCGGUAUAUUUGGCGUGCUUGUUGGCCCGAGAAUGCUGGCUAUCAUGCACAUCCCCGAAGACGACUAUGUAACACGAGGCGUCACGCUGGGCGUCAACUCGAGCGCCAUCGCGACAGCCCUGCUCCUCAAGACGGAUCCGCGUGCUGCUGCACUGUCGUGUCUGAGCAUGAUCUUGUUUGGAACCGUGACGGUCAUUUUCACGAGUAUUCCCCCAGUCGCCAAUGUGAUCCGAGGCUUCGUCGGGUUGUGA